AUGGGUGCAGCACUUAGUUUGCUGGCCUGGCCUGCAAUCGGAGGCAUUGGGUCAAUCCUCGCCUCCUGUUUCUCUGCCGCCGCAUGCUCACUUGCCUGUCGGUCGUGCAAUUGCAACAACUCCAUAGCCACCCGCGUCGGCUAUGCUCUCAUAAUGCUUGUCAACUCGCUGUUGGCCUGGGUAUUGCUGUCAGACUGGGCAUCAACGCAAUUGGAAAAAGUCACUCACGGGUACCUCAAACUCAACUGUGAGGACGCAUCAUGUUACGGAACUCUAGGGGUGCAACGAGUUGGGUUCGCCUUGGCGUUGUUCCAUUUCAUCCUCGGCGCUUUGUUAAUCGGAGUCCACGAUUCGCGUUCAAAGCGCGCUGCUCUCCAGAACGGGUGGUGGGGCCCCAAAGUCGUCGUCUGGAUUGGGCUCGUCAUCGCCUCGUUCUUUAUCCCCACUGGAUUCUUUAUGUUCUACGGAAAUUACAUCGCUCUUAUGGGAGCCAGCAUCUUCAUUUUCUUUGGCCUCAUCCUCCUCGUCGACUUUGCACAUACCUGGUCCGAGACUUGUAUCGCCAAAUGGGAACAAUCCGACACCAACAAAUGGCAGUUCAUUCUCGUCGGAUCGACCUUGAUCAUGUAUUUGGGCGCCAUCAUCCUCACGGGAAUCAUGUACGGCUACUUCGCCAAUAGUGGAUGUGGCAAGAACAUCUUUUGGAUCACCUUCAACCUCAUCCUUGCAGUUGCCGUGACCACCAUCGGUAUUUUGCCCACGGUCCAGGAGGCUAACCCACGCUCGGGGUUGGCUCAGUCAUCCAUGGUCGUUAUCUACUGCGCCUACUUAGUCCUGAGUGCCGUCGCGAAUGAGCCGGAUGAGGGAAACAAUUGUAACCCGCUGAACAAGGCUCGUGGAACCAGGACAACUACUGUGCUGAUGGGAGCUGUGUUUACCUUCUUGGCGGUCGCUUACUCAACAUCCAGGGCAGCAACGCAGGGAGGAAAGGCGAUGAUCAAUAAUGGCGACUAUGCACCUCUCAACUCAGACUCUGCGGUUCCUUUGGUCACAAGCGCCCCUGGUGGAUCUUCCAUGCGCAGAUCAGACGCUUUGCUUGCGGCUGUCGAGAGCGGAGCACUGCCUGUCUCAGCAUUGGAUGAGGACGAUGACGAUGACGAUGACGAGAACUACGAUGUCAAGGACGACGAAAAGAACGGAUGCCAGUACAACUACACGUUCUUUCACCUCGUCUUCGCGCUCGCGGCCAUGUACAUUUCGAUGGUCCUCACUAACUGGAACACCUUUCAGCAACCCGAGAGCGAGGAGCAUCUGAUCCUCAUUGGACAAAGCUGGCCUGCUGUCUGGGUCAAGAUCGUCUCGUCAUGGAUCUGCUAUGGCCUCUACAGCUUUUCGCUACUGGCGCCUGUUAUCUUCCCAGACCGGUUCAUGGACUAUUAG